GCACAAAGCUAAUCAAGAACUAAAGUUUCCUUAACAGGUAAUGUUUGAUGUGAACAAAAUAGCACAACAGAAAAUGUGUCACAUGUUGAUAAUUCCCCAUUCUCUUCCCAUCCUUUUCCAACUCAAAAAAAAGCACUUAUUUUCACAUUCCCUUCACCUCAAACCAAACACACCUCACCUUAAAACAAAACAUUCUAUCUCUCAAAACAACAACUGUCUCUUCAAUUAACUUUUUCACUCUUAUAAAUAUCAAACCAUUAAACAAAAGUUAAGCAACAAAAAACUCUUUACCAUAGUUGGCUUGAGAGUUAGUACAUCAAGCUAGAGUUUCAACAAUGGGAAAAGAGUUUCACAUGAUGGUGGGAAUGAUGUUGUUAUUGUGUUUGUGGGUUUGUGGCGUUACAGCUUCUGUUAGUUAUGAUCAUAAAGCCAUUGUAAUUGAUGGACAGAGAAGAAUUUUGAUAUCUGGUUCUAUCCACUAUCCAAGAAGCACACCAGAGAUGUGGCCGGAUUUAUUUCAAAAGGCUAAAGAUGGAGGUCUUGAUGUUAUUCAAACUUAUGUAUUUUGGAAUGGACAUGAGCCUUCUCCUGGAAAUUAUUACUUUGAGGGUAGAUUUGACUUGGUAAAGUUUAUCAAGCUAGCACAGCAAGCUGGCCUUUAUGUUCAUUUGCGAAUUGGUCCCUAUGUUUGCGCAGAAUGGAACUUCGGAGGAUUUCCCGUUUGGCUCAAGUAUGUUCCGGGCAUGGCUUUUAGAACAGACAAUGAACCAUUUAAGGCUGCAAUGCAAAAAUUUACCACUAAGAUUGUGAGCUUGAUGAAAGCUGAGAAUUUGUUUCAAACUCAAGGUGGUCCAAUAAUUAUGUCUCAGAUUGAGAAUGAGUAUGGACCUGUGGAAUGGGAGAUUGGUGCUCCUGGAAAGGCUUACACAAGUUGGGCUGCUCAAAUGGCGGUAGGUCUAGACACCGGCGUACCUUGGGAUAUGUGCAAGCAAGAAGACGCCCCUGAUCCCGUUAUUGACACUUGCAAUGGAUAUUAUUGUGAAAACUUCACUCCCAAUGAGAACAAUAAACCCAAAAUGUGGACCGAGAAUUGGUCCGGAUGGUACACUGAUUUUGGUAGCGGUAUAUCUCAUAGACCGAUUGAAGAUUUGGCAUACUCAGUUGCAAGAUUCAUACAAAAUCGCGGCUCCUUUGUUAACUACUACAUGUACCAUGGAGGGACUAAUUUUGGUCGAACAUCGAGUGGUCUUUUCAUUGCAACAAGCUAUGAUUAUGAUGCUCCUAUUGACGAAUAUGGACUUGUGAAUGAACCAAAAUGGGGACAUUUGAGAGACUUACAUAAAGCAAUAAAACAGUGUGAGCCAGCUUUGAUUGCUGUGGAUCCUACGGUCACAUAUUUCGGGAAAAACCUCGAGGCACAUGUGUACUACAUAAGUAGUAGUGUUUGUGUUGCAUUUCUUGCAAAUUAUGACACGAAAUCGGCUGCAACGGUUACGUUUGGAAAUAGCCAUCAUGACCUUCCACCUUGGUCUGUCAGCAUUCUUCCUGAUUGCAAAACCGAAGUUUUCAACACUGCAAAGGUUGGUGUGCAAAGCGUCAUAAAAACGAUGACUCCGACAAACAUUACAUUUGAUUGGCAAUCAUAUACCGAAGAUCCCGCCUUCUCUAGUGAAGACGAUUCUGUCACAGCAGAAGCACUUUGGGAGCAGAUCAACGUUACUCGCGAUUCUUCAGAUUAUUUGUGGUAUUUGACAGAUGUCAACAUUAGUCCUAAUGAAAGUUUUAUAAAGAACGGUCCGUCUCCUGUUCUGACCGCAAACUCAGCAGGUCAUGUUCUACAUGUUUUUGUUAAUGGACAACUUUCAGGAACUGUAUAUGGAGGAUUGGAUAAUCCUAAGUUAACAUUUAGUGAAAGUGUGAACCUAAAAGUUGGCAAUAACAAGAUUUCUUUACUUAGUGUUGCCGUCGGUCUUCCGAAUGUUGGCUUGCACUUUGAAACAUGGAAUGUUGGAGUGUUAGGACCUGUAACAUUGAAGGGUCUAAACGAAGGGACUCGCGACUUGUCAUGGCAGAAAUGGUCUUACAAGGUUGGACUAAAAGGCGAAUCAUUGAGCCUUCAUACCAUAACUGGAAGUUCCUCUGUUGAGUGGACACAAGGAUCAUCAUUGGCUAAAAAACAACCUUUGACUUGGUACAAGACAACCUUUAACGCGCCGAGUGGCAAUGAUCCGUUGGCUCUAGAUAUGAGUAGCAUGGGAAAGGGUGAAAUAUGGAUAAAUGAUCAGAGCAUCGGUCGUCAUUGGCCUGGAUAUAUUGCUCAUGGUAAUUGCGGCGAAUGUGAUUAUGCCGGAACUUUUACUAAUGCAAAAUGCAGAAGAAAUUGUGGAGAACCUACACAGAAAUGGUAUCAUAUCCCUAGGUCAUGGUUGAGUCCAAGUGGGAAUGUGUUGGUUGUGCUUGAAGAAUGGGGAGGUGACCCUAGUGGAAUUUCAUUGGUGAAAAGAACAUGAAGAGUGUUCAUUUGAUUCUACCUAAUUACAAAAUUAAUAUGGUUUAAAAAUUUAUUAUUAUGUUAAGUGUGUAAAGUGUUUCAUAUUCAACAUCGAUGCUCCAUCUUUUAUGGUAGUUCAAGUUUACACCAAAGGAUUGGAUGCAGAGAUGGUUUAUAAUGUAUACUUAUAUGAUAUAUAACCAAACUGUUUUGGUGAAUAAUGUUCCAUGAAUUAUAGAGCUUGUAACUAAGAAGAUUGAGUACUAUUGCUCCAUUUUGCUAUGAAGUAAUUUGUUUGUUUUUUUACA